AUGUACAACUUAGAAGCAUAUCUAUUUAAUAAAGGCUAUCUUCUGUUCCAUUUCUAUAACUUUAUGGAUAGUUGUUACUUGACCACUUUAAUCAUACUUGUAUUUGGUUUUGGUUUUCUUAUUACAGGGAUGGGAUUCGUAUUCUUUGAAGAUCACAAGAAAAGAACAAGAUUCGUUGAGCACAUGAUAUUGCUUCUAAUAUUUGACGGACUAAUUGUUCAUAACCCAGUGAUUGAAGAAUAUGAAAUGAAAAGCAUGGAAAUCAAGCAUUUACUUCUAGAUAUCAUGAUCAUAUUUUCCUUACUUAUGGUUGUUGGUUACAGAAGUGAUGAUAUAAAAGAAGGUCAAUCAUAUGAUUAACAAAGCACAUCUUCUAAACAUAAAAUGACCCCAUUUGAUCAGAAUCUCAAGUAAUUAUGCAUAAAAGUGGUGCCAGAUUUGAGCAAAUUACUAAAAUUCAAUAAGAUCAAAGAUCAUGAAAAAUUGAUUUUAAAGGAGUUAUCAUUCUACACUCUGACAACUUCAUCAUCAAAACAACCGAAGAUUUCUGAGAAGUGGCCUAAAGCUCUAAAUAAAGAGCAAUUAAUUAACCUUCAGAUUGCAUUGAAUCUAGAGAAAAUUCUUUUGAUUGAGUUGGGCUUGAACUCCUUCAAACAGAAUAACUCUAAUGCUGACUCCUCUAUUGUAGAUAAUAUGGAAAAGAUUAGUUUAAAAGAGAAGACCAAUACAAUCAAGAUUCUUAAAAAGUUUUUCCAAAGCUUAUAACUUCAAUAUGAAAUGAUGAGGCUAGAAUAUGAAGACAGUAAUAUGACGCUAAAAACUGAGCUUUAAAACUAAGAUGUAGUUUAAAUUGAUCCAACUUAAAAAUUCAAUGCUUUAAUAAGGGAUUUUGUCAUAGAACCAUUCGGGAAGCUUCUAAAUGCAGACAUAAUUCAGAUUUUUAACGAACUUGACUUUCCUGAUAAAAUUAUCUAAGAACUAAAGCAAAUAAAUCAGUGCACUCCAAGAAGAAACUCGAGGAAACCUUAGACGCCUGUAAAGAUAAUUAAAGAAGAGAUAGUCCCAUUGAAUCUUAAUUCUUCAUUUCUCUCUUAAAUACCCAGCUAGACAUCAGGUAAAAAGAGUGCAACGAAAUUGAAAAUUAAGGAUACUGCUAUUUAAACUAAGGUCUAAGGGAUGACUAAUAUUUAAGAUAACGAUAAUAACAAUAAUCUUUUGAGCAAGAGAGUUUCUACUUCCUCUUUUCAGUUAGAAUAGAAAAUUCUAAAUUAAAUGAAUUAAUAAGCUAUAACCAAAAGAUAAAAUCAUAUAAUUAGAUAAUCACUAUCGCAGAUUCCUUCUUCAUUUAAUGAUGAAAUGCAAUCCUAGAAUUAGAUAAUCUAGCUUCAAUCUUAAUCUAACUUUAAUGACUCGUAAAAUGAUGCUAGCAGCAGAUACCUUCAAUCCUCAUUGCAAAGCACUUAAUUUUAGACAGCUAAUUAGAAAUAUUAAAGAUAAAGUGGCCAAUCAUUCAAUGAUUAUCCUAAGAGCUAAUCAGCUAAGGAAGUAGUCGAAGUUACAGAUCCAAUUAAAUAACUUGACUUGAUUCAAAUGGAGAACUUGUCACAGAUACCAUUUUAAACAUAGUAAGAUGAGAUUACUAAGAAAAGUAGCGUUAUUCUAUAGAUGAGUUUAAGUAAUGGAGGACUUACACAAGCUUAAGAAAAUGACGUUGAACAGCAAAAGAAAUAAGUUGAGUAACUCUUUAAAUAGAGUAGCAUGAAUAGUGGCUAUCAAUCCUAGAUGCAACAUAAGAAAAGGACUUUUAUGACUUAAGUAUCCAACAAUUAUAAAACUCAGAAACCAAAACUAAAUAAAGUUGGUGGUAAAAAUUUCAUUAUAAAAGCAGAAUAGACUGGCAAUUAAAAUUAACAGUAAAGCAAGUCUUCAAUUAUGAAUAUGGUAUCUAAGGCAACUACCUAUAAAUAUAAAUACACACGAACAAAGCAUAGCAAUCAAAGCUCUAAGCUUAAUACCCCUAAUAAUCCUGAAGACAAAAAUUAAUCUCAAUUUCAGCUUACUACUGCAAGUUAGAAAAAGUUGAAUUUCGCAGAUGAUGAAUUUUCCUAGAGUUAAUUUUCUAAUGAUGACAUAAAAAUUGAUGAGAGUAGUGAUUUGUUAUAACUACUUUAAGAUACUGCUGGUAGUUCGAAGAACAAAUAAUAAGUAAUUUGA